UUGCCUCAAAAGUUAUAGCUGGCCAACAGGAGUGGGUUAACCCCUUAGUGUUAGUCGUGGGUCUAAUGAUUUUUGGGGUUUUUCGACAUAUUUAUAACUCACUUAGUCAUGGGUUUUUUGUAGCUCAAUCGAAGUGUAACAGGGAUAUAGAAUAACUGCCUAGUAUUAGCUCCAAGGAGGUUUAAGGCUUAUAUGUUGCUCUAUGCAAAAAUAUUACAUCGACAACUUUAUUGGAGCAUUUAUUUAUUGUGCUGAUCACCACAGAGAUCCAGAAAUUGUUCGAGGUUAUUGGGCUCGCACAGCAGCAAUUACUUCUCUUGUUUCACAAUUUAUUAAAUUCUCUGGUCCUUUAUGUCAAAUUAUUAGUUUGGGAGCUGGUUUUGAUACCUUAUAUUGGCGUUUAAAAGAAAGUGGACACAUCUUUAACAAAUUUGUUGAAUUUGACUUUAGCAGUGUUACAUCCAAAAAAAUUCGUUUAAUUCAAAGAAGCAAAAAUGUCAAUUUGGCUGGAUAUUUUAGCAAACCUGCUGUUGAAAGUCAGCAUAGUGACCUACAUUGUGGGGAUUAUCAUUUAAUUGGAGCCGAUUUGAGGCAAAUACGAGAAUUUGAACAAAAAUUGACAACUGCUGAAUUAGACAAUUCUCAACCAACUUUAAUUAUUGCUGAAUGUUUAUUUGUUUAUAUGGAUUUGGAACACUCAUACAAUUUAAUUAAAGAAUUGACAAAAUAUUUUGAAACGUUGGCAUUAAUUAAUUAUGAACAGGUCAAUAUGAACGAUAACUUCAGCAAGGUUAUGCUUGACAAUUUAAAUAAUCGAGGUAUUCAUUUACCUGGCCUUGCUGCUUGUGAAUCAUUAUCAACACAAAAACAAAGAUUUUCAAGUGCUGGAUUUUCGACAGUAAAUGGAUGGACAAUCAAUGAAAUUUAUACCAAAUUUUUGCCGGAGCAAGAGGUUCAAAGAAUAGAAAAAUUGGAUCCUUUGGAUGAACGUGAAUUGCUUACACAACUUUUGGAGCAUUAUUGUCUAAUAUAUGCAUUUAAAGAUUCAACUAAAAAAUGGGAAAAACUUGCCGAUUUAAUUGUUCAAUGA